AUGCCAAUUCGAACAUAUUUAUAUAAUCGAUUUAAUGAUAAAAAAUUUCGGCUCAAUGGUAUCAAGCCAUCAACUCGAAUGCCAUCCAAAGAAAAUUUACGACAGUUUUUUUCUGAUCAUGUCUUAUAUAGUACUGAUCAACUUCCACCAAAAGUUGAUCUUCGACCUGAUAUGACACCUGUCGAAGAUCAAUCAAGAAUUGGUAGUUGUUCAGCAAAUUCACUUGCGGGAGCUUAUGAAUAUUUGUUAAAAAAAGUGAAUGGUUCAAAUAUUGAUAUGAGUCGUUUAUUUAUUUAUUAUAAUGGACGUACUAAAAAAUCAACUGCAGUAACUGAUAAAGGUUGUUCAAUGACAGAUGCUAUUGAAGCAUUAGAAGAAUUUGGUACUUGUUUUGAAUCAGUUUGGCCUUAUGAUAUAACAUCUGUUAAUGUUCGACCUAAUGAUCAAGCUUAUGAACAAGCUAAAGAUCAUCAAAUAACUGAAGCACUUAAAAUAAAUAUUAAUUUAGAUGAAAUGAAAUCAUGUCUUGCACAAGGUUUUCCAUUUGCAUUUGGUUUACGAUUAUAUAAAUCAUUUGAUAAAGCAUCUAAAACAGGUGUUGUACCAAUACCAAAUGAAGAUGAACAAAGUCGAACUGAACAUGGAAGACAUGCAUUAUUAGCUGUUGGUUAUAGUGAUCAAUCAAGAGCAUUUAUUGUUAGAAAUUCAUGGGGAGAAGAUUGGGGUGAUAAAGGAUAUUGUUAUAUUCCAUAUGAUUAUAUGACAAAUUCAAAUUUCUGUUUUGAUGCAUGGACUAUUCGUCAAGUUGAAAAUGAUGAUAUAUGUCAUGAACAUUGGGAUAAUGAUGAUUCUAUUGAUUAUCAAUCGAAAACAGGAGAAAAUGAUGAUGAUAAUGAUGAUGAUCAUGAAAUUCAAGAUAUUGAAGAAGAUGAUGGAGAUGAUGAUGAUGAUGAUUAA